AGGAGAAAGGAGGCUGGUGUUGCGUCGUGUUUUGGGCCGGUCCGUCCGUCCUGAGCCCCCCUUUUGGGGCCCCGCCCGCCCGCCUGUGUGCGGCUCCUCCUCCUCUUGGCUGCUCGGCGCUUGUCGGCCUCCCCCUUGGCGGGGCCCCGGUCUCCGUCUGCUCGGGACAAGAGCCGCCUGGCAUUGGCGAGCGGGGCUGGCGAGGGGCGAGGAGCGGGCCCCGAGGAGGCUCCGUCGGCCGGCAUGAGCAAGGAGGGCUGAGCCGCAGUGAGACUCCCGGCGGUGCCCGCUUGGCAGCCUGGCCGCGAGCCGAGGCAGAGAGCCACGUCCCUCGAAGCCUGGCUGCCCCAGGACUUGGAGGAGAAGGAGAAAGAAGAAGCCGAGGCAGCGCUGAGCGGGAGACCUGGGCGAGGACGAGCCUUUGGGAGGAGGACGAAGGAGCAGAGGGAGCCCCCGAAGACGCCGAGCCUGGAGAGGAGGAGGAGCAGGAGGAGGCGAAGGAGGAAGAGGAGGAAGAGGCGAGCGGGAGAAGGGGCACCGGCACAGCCAUGCCUCCUCUGCCCGGGAUCCCGACCCGACUUUGGCGACCCAGGACUCUCGCUUCGCUCCUGAUGCUCUUGGUGGGCGAACUGAGCCUCUGCCGCGCAGGGAUUGAGUAUGGAGAUGUGCUUCCGGAUUCUUUCCCUUCAGCCCCUGCAGAGAGCCUUCCUCAUUUUCUCAUGGAGCCACAAGACGCCUACAUUGUGAAGAACAAACCGGUGGAGCUAAUCUGCAGAGCCAAUCCAGCCACUCAGAUCUACUUCAAGUGCAACGGAGAGUGGGUGAAUCAGAAUGAUCAUCUCACCAAGGAGAGUGUGGACGAGGUCACGGGACUCCUUGUCAGAGAGGUCCAGAUUGAAGUUUCACGACAGCAGGUGGAAGAACUCUUUGGCUUAGAAGACUACUGGUGUCAAUGUGUGGCCUGGAGCUCAGCUGGGACCACAAAAAGCCGCCGAUCGUAUGUCCGGAUAGCAUACCUGAGGAAGAACUUUGACCAGGAGCCCCUUGGGAAAGAGGUGCCGCUGGAUCACGAAGUCUUACUGCAGUGCCGUCCCCCUGAAGGAGUGCCAACUGCUGAGGUGGAAUGGCUAAAAAAUGAGGAUUUGAUUGACCUGUCACAAGACACUAACUUUCUGAUAACCAUUGACCAUAACCUCAUCAUCAAACAGGCGCGCCUUUCUGACACAGCCAACUAUACCUGUGUGGCCAAGAACAUUGUGGCCAAACGAAGGAGUACUACAGCCACCAUCAUUGUCUAUGUGAAUGGGGGUUGGUCAACCUGGUCAGAAUGGUCCCUAUGCAGCAAUCGCUGUGGCCGUGGAUGGCAGAAACGCAGCCGGACCUGCACCAAUCCAGCACCUUUGAAUGGUGGCUCUGUUUGUGAUGGACAGUCCUUACAGAAGCUUGUCUGUACCACUAUGUGCCCAGUAGAUGGAGCUUGGACAGAAUGGAGCAAGUGGUCUGCUUGUAGCACAGAGUGCACACACUGGAGAAGCAGAGAGUGCAUGGCCCCGUCUCCCAAAAAUGGAGGCAAAGACUGCAGUGGUGUGCUGCUCGACUCCAAGAACUGCACCGAUGGACUCUGUAUGCAAAAUAAAAGAUUUGUAAGCGAACCCAAAAGUCACCUUUUAGAGGCAACUGGUGAUGUGGCAUUGUAUGCUGGCCUGGUGGUUGCCAUCUUUAUCUUCAUUGUUAUCCUGAUGGCUGUUGGGGUGGUCGUGUACAGGCGCAGCUGCCGGGACUUUGACACUGACAUAACUGAUUCUUCGGCUGCCCUGACAGGAGGCUUCCACCCAGUCAAUUUCAAGACCUCCAGACAUGACACUCCACAACUACUGCACCCUUCGAUGCAGCCUGACCUUACAGCCAAUGCGGGUAUAUACCGUGGUCCCAUGUAUGCCUUGCAAGAUUCCUCUGACAAGAUCCCAAUGACCAAUUCUCCAUUGCUUGACCCACUUCCUAAUCUCAAGAUCAAAGUAUAUAAUUCCUCCACUGCAUCCUCUUCUCCUGGGAUACAUGAGGGGGCAAAUCUUUUAGGAACCAUGCCCUCAGGCACCUUCCCAGGAGAUAACUUCAGGGACAAUCACUUCAUGAACCUAAGGAAUAAGACCAUGGGCUCUCAGCAGCUCUUAACUCUACCCCGGGAGCCUGGGAAUAGUGCUACUGGGACAUUUGGCUGCCUGGGAGGAAGACUCACUAUCCCCGGAACAGGGGUGAAUCUCUUGGUGCCACAUGGAGCAAUUCCUCAGGGGAAGUUCUAUGAAAUGUAUUUGAUGAUCAACAAAGCAGAAAAUUCUCUCUUGCCCUCAGAAGGUACACAGACAGUGCUGAGUCCCAUGGUGACUUGCGGUCCCACUGGCCUGCUCUUAUGCCGCCCUGUCAUCCUGACCGUCCCACACUGCGCAGAUGUCAGUUCUCCAGACUGGAUGCUGCAACUCAAAACUCAGUCCCACCAAGGAAACUGGGAGGAGGUUGUCACUCUGGAUGAAGAGACUUUAAACACUCCCUGUUACUGCCAACUGGAACCCAAGUGCUGCCAUAUUCUUCUCGAGCAGCUUGGGACAUAUGUCCUGGUGGGAGAGUCCUACUCCAGAUCAGCCAUCAAGAGACUCCAGCUUGCCAUCUUUGCUCCCACGCUGUGCACCUCACUGGAAUACAGUCUUAAAGUAUACUGCCUGGAGGAUACGCCAGAUGCCCUCAAGGAAGUCCUUGAAUUAGAAAAGACUCUUGGAGGAUACCUCUUGGAAGAACCCAAGCCCCUUCUCUUCAAGGACAGUUACCACAAUAUGCGCCUCUCUGUCCAUGAUAUCCCCCAUUCCCUUUGGAGGAGCAAACUCCUGGCUAAGUAUCAGGAAAUCCCUUUCUAUCAUAUCUGGAGUGGCAGCCAACGGGCACUGCACUGCACCUUCACUCUUGAGAGAUAUAGCUUGGCAUCCACAGAACUUACCUGCAAGAUCUGUGUUCGGCAAGUGGAAGGAGAAGGGCAAAUAUUUCAGCUACACAUCACACUUGGAGAGAACUCCAGCUCCGUCAAUGCCUUGUGUUCCCACCCUGGCAGUACCCUGACAACUCAGCUAGGGCCCUAUGCCUUCAAGAUCCCUUUGUCCAUACGACAUAAAAUCUGCAACAGCCUUGAUGCCCCCAACUCCAGAGGAAACGACUGGCGGCUCCUUGCUCAGAAGCUUUCCAUGGAUCGGUAUCUGAAUUUCUUUGCCACCAAAGCCAGCCCAACAGGGGUGAUCCUGGACUUAUGGGAAGCCCAGCACCAAGACGAUGGAGACCUGAACACUCUGGCCAGUGCCUUGGAAGAGAUGGGCAAGAGUGAGAUGCUGGUGGUGAUGGCAACGGAAGGGGACUGCUGAUGUAGCUCUCAAGAUGGCUUCUUCCAGCCAUGGCCGAGUGGGGGAGAGAGGGGGAGGGGGAGAGAAGAUUAGAAAGAAAGGGGGAAAAGCAGCCCUUGUUUGAAGGGAACAGAGGCAUGCAAUUGCCAAGAAGAAACAGAACUCCAGAAGGAGAGUGAUGAGGGCUUCUUCUCCUUCUAACACUCCUCCCUCCUCAAAUCACAGUCAGCCUUAGAGAUCCUCAUUGCUGAGUUUACAAGCAAUCCAAGUGUUAAAAAAAGACUCCUUCCUCCUUCUCCUCACAGCCUUGGGAUCGAGGCAUACACAAGCAAUGCAUCCUUGGUAACCAUGACUGCAGCCUUCAGUCAUAGGAACCAUCUCAGCUCCCGCUGCCUCCCAUGGCAUCUGAAAGGCUGCCUGAGUCUGGGUUGAGUUGUUUAUUUUUCCUUUGUAAUUUUUGCUUUGUUUAUAUUCUUUUCCUGCCCUUUGCACUCGCCCAUUCCAUGCCUUAUUCUCUCUUAUUUCUCCUUUAUUAGCAUUUAUGCUUUGAAGAGUCAAGACUGCUUAAUUCUGUCAAAGCUUCAAAGAACUGACCAACCCACACACACGUACACACACAUACACACAAAGGAAAAGGAAAAAAAGGAAAACAGUUUCUUAGGAAACGCAAGUAAUUUAUUAUCCAGAUCUUUGGAUUCAUCAUUUUUUAAAUACAAAAGUAAGGAUUUUUCAUGUAUGUGAGAGCAAGAGCACUCUGAAAGAGAGAGAGAGAGAGAGAGAAUGAGAGACAGAGACGGGUGGGUUUAAGGUGAAGUAAAAAUUAAAUAAUUACUACUUAUGUGGUAACUUGUUGAGGUUAGGUUGAUGGUAUAUCCAGAGCCUCAUGGGGAGGGCACCUUUUAUUUGUGCAUUCAUUUUUCUGUCUGGAGCAGAGUGGUUGCCAGAAUUUCAGGAUAAGAUUACAUAUUUAUUCAUGGCGGAAUUAACUUGUUUCUGAGAGGCUAAAGUUUCAUCCCUGUGCUCACUGACUUGGAAUGGAAUGGGACUUACUUCCAAGAAGCCAAGUAUUAGAUUGUGCUUUACGGGGAAGCUUUCUUGAAAGAGAAGGUAUGCGAUUUCGUGAUCUUUCCAUCCCCUCUGUGCACAGAUACAGCUGACCAAGCGUCAUGUGGUCUCGCUUUGUUUUUGUUUGACUUUGUAUCACCUUAUUGUCUUUUCAUUUUGUCCUUUUUAUCAGAACAGAGUUCAGUGGAAGAAACUUAAGAUGGUUAAGAUCCAAUCAAAACAGACCUAUUAAGAAAAUCCAAGAAGUGGGCAUGGAGUGACACUUCAAAAACCUAUACUGAGAUAAGGAGAAGCACGCUAAGCACUUGGGUGUCUGGGUUGUCCUCUUGAGGUCUUUUUAGAAACAACCAUAUCAAAACUAGCCAUCUGUGAAGACUAGAAAUGUUUUCUGCGGUCCUGUAUCUGAAUUAUUUGGAGCAAGAUGAACAGUUUAAUGAGGCUUACUGUCUUCAUCAGUUUGCCUGUGGACAAGUGCCCUUCCUUAGGCCCCUUAGGUAAAGAUAAAGGUUUUCCCCUGAUGUUAAGUCUGGUCGUGUCCGAUUCUGGGGGUUGAUGCUCAUCUCCAUUUCUAAAUUGAAGAGCCAACGUUGUCUGCAGACACCUCCAAGGUGUGGCUGCAUGAAGCGCUGUUACCUUCCUGCCGGAGCAGAACCUAUUGGUCUAUUCACAUUUGCAUGUUUUCAAACUGCUAGGUUGGCAGAAGCUGGGGUUAACAGUGGGAGCUCACCCUGCUCCCCAGAUUCGAACAGCUGACCUUUUGAUCAGCAAGUUUGGCAUGUCAGCAGUUUAAUCCACUGCACCACCAGGGGCUCCAGGCCUAUUCUACACUGCCCUAUAUCCUAGGAUCUGAUCCCAGAUUGUCAGGGGAGAAUUGAGGCAAGUCGUUUCUUGUGUGAGAGAAUCCACUGUCCUCAAAGAUGUUGCCCAAGGAACUCCCGUAUGUGUUACCAUCUUGCGGGGGGAUUUUUCAUGUCAUCGCAUGGGAAGCUAGGGCUGACACAUGGGAGCUCACUCCAUCUCAUAAUUCAAACCACCAACCUUCAGGUAAGCAGUUCAGCCGACACAAGGGUUUAACCCAUUGUGCCACUGCAGCUUUAAACUGAAAUAUAUGAGUCUCCACUGCCAGAUAAUCUGGGAUAAAUGGAUAAUCUGGGAUCAGAUCCUGGAAUAUAGGACUGUGUAUAUAAAUAUAGUGUAAUAUACACAAAUAUAUGAUUUGAAAAAUAAUAACGCUCAACUCAGAGGUUUCUUGUUAAGUUUGUGCGACACACCUACACACUGCUGCCAACACAUUAAUGUGUCGCAACACAGUUUGGAAACACCCGCUCUACUGGAUAAUCUUUGGCACAUUUUUGCAGCAUACUUCACAUUUUUUAAAAGAAAAUUCCAGAGAUUUCAGGGAACUGCACUUUUAGUUGGAAGUUUAAUGCACAAUGUGUAUGAGGUGUGUUUGCAAGGUGUCCACCACAUUAUUAUUCUCCUUAAAAACAGGCAUCUGUUAUCAUGUUAAUUUAGUGGAGUCACUGAAAACAAAUUGUAUGGAGUGAAGAUCAGUUAGAGGAUGUGUGAUAUGUUUCUUUACUUUUCACAAAAUUUGAGUAUGCCAUCAGAUUUUUGGCUGCAGUGGGUGCAAGGGCCAAAUACCAGGUACAUGGAGACUCCUCCCCAAGCAUUAAAAGUGGAAUAUGAGGACUUAGAAUAACUGAUAUUUGACAUUGACCAUAAAAAGGCAAUGAGAACCAGUGUGGGAUAGUGGUUUGAUUCUGUAGACCAGGGUUCAAUGCUUUUCUCAUCCAUAGAAACCCACUGGGCAAAUCACACAUCCUCAGCCAUAGAUAUGAUUUUAGCUUUCACAAUUUCUGGGGAGAAAGAAUAAGUCCAUAGGAAAUGCAAAAAACCACCCUUCUGCUCUCCAGUGUGCAUGCUGAAUUCAGCAUAAAUGUUUCUUUAAAGUUAAGUCAUUCAUUGUUAAUGAAAAGGCCACAACUGCAUUGUGCAGUACAGUCUAUAUAUCCAAAACCUGAUCUUGAAAGUGUAUUUAUUUGAUGCAGUAUAAAAAUGUAUGUAGAGGUUUGGGUUGGGACAGGGGAGAUUAAGCUGACGUCUACACAGAAGCAUAGAUCUCUGUGGAUUAUUUAAUUUAGAUGCUGAAUGGAAUAUUUAUCUAUUUUAGUUCAUGAACACAUAUGAUCAAUAAUUGCAGGGUUAAAAUAUAUUAAACCAAGUAGUAGCAAUGGGAGAUUCAUUCAGCCAUUUCUUUGCAUCGGGUUGUUCCUAGUCCCUUGUGUUCUGCAUUGGUUGUGACGUGGAUGUUGCUCACAUUUUUGCUUCUGCCAUACAAUAAUAUUUCACACUGUUACCAAGAACCUUAACUUUUCUACAUUUUUCUUUGCUUCGGGUUCCUAAUGAAAAGAGACUAUAGAGGGAGAUGUUCCUUGCAAAAAAGUUAGAAGUUGCAGGGUGACACUAUCAUGCUGGAUCACUUUGCAGGAACUAUCAUAACAAGUGUGUCUAAUAUUUUGGAAAUAGUCGUUUUCUAUUAUUGGCUGUCAUUCCAAAGCAUCUAUCCGUAUAGUAUUUCUCCAGAAGUCUGAACUCCAAUAUUUUGCCAGUUUUGUCUGUUUUGCUUUUCAAUGCCUUGGUUUUAGUUCUGUUUUUCAUAUAUUCCAGGUGUAUUAGUGGAGGAGUAAAUGACUUAACAAUGUUAAUGGUUCAGCCCAUCAACAAUAUGGAUUAAUCUUGUGCAUUGGAUUGUUUAAUCAAAAGGUGGAAGCACAUUGUUUGAGUUGCCUCAGAAUGAAAUAACUUUUUAACAAACAGGAGUCAUCAAUAUGAUGAAAUCCCAUAUUAAAUACCUGCAAGGUCUGUUUCAGAGACAACCAGAAAUACAGUAGAAGUUGGUUUUAAUUUGAGGAGUGCUCGUGGUUCACUUUCUCUAAAUAUUGCUGGAAUACAAGUCUUAGCAAUUCUAGACAAUGUGGUAAGGAAUCAUGGGAGUUGCAGUCCAACAACCUUUGGAAGGCCAUGCUGUCCUAAAGGUAUGCAGAAACAGUCCAGCCCACCUUCUUUUGCUGGUUUACACGUUUCUAGCCUUCAUUAUUUCAAGUAGGAAGCUGCAGGCAAUGUUUGUUCUAAAAUUUAAACACUAUAACGUGCUGUGACAUCAAUUCUGUUAAUCAAACACCAAAUUUUUCAGUGAGACUGGGAUGGCAAAUACAGACACCUAUUUAAAACAUAUAGCAGCACUGUUUACCAUUGUUAGCUAUUGAAUUUGCCAGACCAGACCAUCAUAGAGACUUUAGCCUUUGAGUCCCCCAAAUCCCUUUGGGAAGAUGGUGGCGGGAUAUAAACAUUAAGUUAUUAAUAGCCUAGAACAGUGUAGUCCAACCUGCGGCCCACUAUUUCAUUGGCCCUUGCCCUUCUUACUGGAAUUUUUUUUUAAUUUAACAUUUCAAAAAAAUCGUUUACCGUUCUUACUGCUUACGAAUAUGUAAUUCAUUUUCUUUCUGGAAUGUCUCUGGCCCUCACAUUCCUAUACUAAAGUUUGAUUGGCCCUCGGGUAAGUAAAAGUCGGACCACACUGGCCUAGAACAACAACUGAAAAACAGUUUUUUACAGAAAAAAGGGAGUAGUUCCAGUAGUAAAAUACUGAUACAUAUCCAUGGUUUCAUUUAACCAAAACUGGAGGAAAUGGUCUCUUUAGAAACAUGUUAGGUCCUGCAAACGAUUUUAUGAUAUGCUUCCCCCAGAAAUUACCAUUGAGUUGCCAAUUUUAUGUCCUCCAACACAAUUUUAUAGCAUGGUGGGACCAAAAAAUCAAGUAAUUUAAUGCAUACAUGGCUUUCACAGUAUAACAGGCUGGAUCUACACUGGCAUAUAAUCCAGAUGAUCAAAAUAGAUAAUCCACAUUAUCUGCUUUGAACUGGAUUAUAUGAAUCUACACUGCCAUAUAAUCCACUUCAAAGCAGAUAAUCUGGAUUUUGUUUGGCAGUGUAAAUCCACCCUGUAUUUCAUUCAUUCUCCCUCUCUCCCUCCCUCCCUCUCCCUUUCUUUCUCCCUCCCUCUCUCAGUCUCUCCCUCUCCCUCCCUCCCUCUCCCUUUCUUUCUCCCUCCCUCCCUCCUUCUCUCCCUUCCUCUCUCAGUCUCUCCCUCUCCCUCCCUCCCUCUCCCCCUCCCUCCCUCCCUCCUUCUCUCCCUUCCUCUCUCAGUCUCUCCCGCUCCCUCCCUCUUUCACUGCAUUAACUUUUGGUUAUCCAUUAUCUUUCCAAUUCUAGCAAGUGUUGUUGCAGGGUGUUCUUUUAGAGUCACUUACCUCUAAAAAUAAUAAUCUGUCUGCCGUGUGGCACUAAGAACCGAUACAGUUGCUCUUUCUCCUUUUCACGGUGAUUUUCUGUAGGCAAUAACUUUAAACACUUGGCAUGUUGUAACUAGGCAGGAACCAGAAAUGAGGGAAGGGGCCCAUUCCCUUAUUCUCCAAAAGCAGAGGUAGGGAACCUGUAGCUCACAGUAUGGUCUUGGGCUCCAGUUUCUUUUAGCCCCUAGCAUCGUGGUCAAAGUCAAGAGGGACAACACUGGGGGAGCUAUGGGUGCCCUACCAGCCUCUUGGGUAAAGAGGAAUUCUUGAGAAUAAAAGAGACAGAAAACAUCUACUCAGGGAGAUAAAAUGUGACUUGAGUUUGUGUCGUUACGGGGCUGAAAUCAAUAGCUCCUCAGGAUUUAUUUGCUUGACCCGGGAAGGCAUUGGGAACCAAUUGAGACUUCAUGUUGCUAUAAUAACAGUGAACAUCACAUGUAGAAAUUCCAGGACUGCGUCCUAUUGGUUGACAGGCCAUUUGUGACAGUAAAAUGGAGCAAAAGUUUAGCUGAGACUCCUUAAUUCUAUAAGACAUUUUUGUACAAUGGAGUGUAGUCGAAUUCCAAUUUGUUGUCCAAAUUAAAAUAGUUCAGUUGGGUUGAUUAUUUAAUGGUUAGCCAAUUCAUAAGUGAUUUUCAUUCAUGUGCUAGAUCUACUCUAGUUGAGACUAACAAUUGAAUGCAAGAUUUCUACACAAUUUGGAUAAUAGGAAUGCCUUCUAGAGGUGUCGAUGGUUCAUUUUGAAUAGUGUGUGUGUGCGUGCGUGCAUGAACAUGUGUUUAUCAUAUUAAAGGAAUCAAACACUGGGGUGGGAGGGGGUGUCAUCCAUUAUUUACAUCAGGCAUAAAGUGACUUUUGCCAGCUAUUCGGUUCUCAAGGCUUGCGGGCAGGGGGAAUUAAGUCAUUUGUAACAUUCAGAAACAUAGUACAGGCAGACCCAAGUUACAAACUUACAACCAACUCAUAGUUACAAACAGGGGUGAAACAACAGGAAGUGAGAGAAAUCAGCCCCACAUAAGGGAAAUUCACUCCUGAAGGAGUUAAUAUGGGGAAAAGGUGUCUCUACUGAAACUUUAUCACCAAUCCUUGUUUCCACAACAAGCCCAAUGUUUCAAAAUCUAACUAUCAUUGGGACAGAAAGUGAGGGAAAAUCUUCUGAACAGAGGCACAGACAGCAAAACAAAUACCACAGGGGUGUUAACCCUUCCCUGUGCUAGCCAAAGCUAAUAUACAGGGUGUUUGAAAAAGAACUCCCUAUUCACCAUUUAAUUUAAAUGGUGAAUAGGGAGUUCUUUUUCAAACACCUUGUAUACAUAUGAUUGGGUGGAGUUACACUUUAAAAAAUUACCUAUUCCAACUUACAAAAUAAUUCAACUUUUAAAAAAAUAAACCUGCAGAACAUAAUCUUGUUUGUAACUUGGAGGCUGCCUGUACAUUACUGCCCAAAUGAUGUCACUUCAGAUUCUUUAUGGAAAAGGAACAUUUCUGUUGCCAAUUGUGCCUCUUAAAUUAUUGGAGCUUGAUAAAUAUAAAACAAAUCAGUAUUUGAAGACUUAUAUUUCAGUCUGUGGAUUUCAAAUCAUUGGAUUUAUACCCAAGAAAGAGGAUGAAAUGAUUGUUUAUAAAAAUGUGUUGUCGAAGGCUUUCAUGGCCGGGAUCACAGGGUUGUUGUAUGUCUUUCGGGCUGUGUGGCCAUGUUCCAGAAGCAUUCUCUCCUGACGUUUCGCCCACAUCUAUGGCAGGCAUCCUCAGAGGUUGUGAGGUUUAUAAAAAAUGUUUAUAAAAAGUCUACAUCUCUCUGGAUUAGGGGUGGAAAUCAUAGCUCUCCAGAUAGUUCUGGACUGCAGUUCCCAUAAUCCUUCACAAUUGGUUUUGAGGCUGAUAGGAGUGAAACACAAAGCACAUGGAGGGAUGUAAUUGCCCACUUUUGCUUUAAGGUAAAGGUUUUCCCUUGACAUUAAGUCUAGUCGAGUCCGAUUUUGGGGGUUGGUUCACAUCUCCAUUUCUAAGCUGAACAGCCGGCGUUGUCCGUAGACAACUCCAAGGUCAUGUGGCCCCCAUGACUGUAUGGAGCGCCAUUACCUUUCCACUGAAGCAGUACCUAUUGAUCAACUCACAUUUGCAUGUUUUUGAACUGCUAGGUUGGCAGAAGCUGGGGCUAACGAUGGGAGCUCACCUCAUCCCACAGAUUCGAGCUGCUGGCCAUCUGGUCAGCAAGUUCUACAGUAUAGCGGUUUAACCCACUGUGCCACUGAUGCCCCUUUCAUCUCAAGGCACUGGUUUUUCUAUAUAUCCGUUAAAGAGUUGUGCUUUCACACUGCUAAUGUCAGGGAUCUUCAUAUGCAAUACACCAUUCUGGAUAGGCAUCCAGAUUUUUGGAACCAAAUGAUAUUUUUUUUCCUUUUUAAAAAUAAUACAACUGUUUUUUAGAAUGAUUAGAGUGUUUGUAUCCUAUAUGGCAGUACAGUAUAACAAUUUUCUGUCAAAUAUAGGUACUGUACAGUUGUUUAAACCACAAAGUAUUUGGGAAAGAUUUGCAGGCAUUUCUUUCUUCCUACCCCUAAUGUCUCGUCAAUAUUGGUUUUGCUGCUAUCUUGUGGCUUUUUCAGCUAGCUGGGAAAUAGAAAAUAAGACUGAUCUAAAUGAAGCAAAGAGAAGGAAUCCCACUUCCCUGUGAUUUACCUUUUUAUUUCUUCAUUUUUUUAACCUCGUGUCAUAGUUUUAAUACCUUAAGGGGCUACAAAAGGUGUGGUGUUAAAAGGAGGCUCUGGUGUUUUAGUGUGGUCUUUUGUAACAUCGUAAUUUAUUCUGGAGCUGCAUUUAGUAAUUUAGAUGAUAGGAUGAGGCUAGAAACACAAGUAAAUGUUUUUUAUUUUUAUCUGUGGGUUCAAUCAAUGGAUGUUAUUACCUUCCAUGGAAACAAAAAUUGCCCAUACACUCUGAUUCCAAAAGAAGAGUGUCUUAAAAUUGUGGGCACAUAUUUCUUCCCCCUCCCUCCCACUGUCAUUCUCUCUCCUCUCGAAGCUGUUUCUGACAUUAUGUUGUAUGAGGGAUUUUUGUUUUGUUUUGUCUUGUAUUUCAAUCAUGGCCGCAAGGAUCCGUGAAUGUCUAAAUUCGUAUUUUUUUCCAGCAAACCAGGAACAUGUUCCUGAGAACAGAUCAUUUGCCUUCCAUCUCUGAAUGUCAUACGUAAAUCGUACAGAGAGUCUGCUGAAACCUUUGCUUAUUGUGGGCAAAUACAAACAUAACGCUGCCAGCAGGGAGGAAAGGGCUGAGAAGGGGAAUGAUGAAUGUAUAGGGACAUUAAAUCACACCCAACAGUUUGCAUUGAUUGCCAGGUAAAAAUUCAGGAACUAUAAUAAAAGUCACCUACCCUUUUAGCAAGACUAUGUUGGACACCUGUUUCAGUUUUAUUCCUUGUCCAGAUUUGAUAUUGUGUGUACAGAAGAGUACACUGAUGUAUGUGUCUGAACUUUCAGAACUAAAAAACUGGUGCAGGUGUAUGAAAGAUAAUGCUAAGUGAUUUAUGGAUGAGAAAAGAGCUAUUUGUUCCUCUGAUUGGGGUGUGUUUAGAGUAUACAAGUCCCUGUUGUUAGUAUUCUAGGUGUCUAGCGCCACGUCAAAUGGGUAACAGUAGGAGACUUGGGGACUACCUGUAUCCUCUUUCCCUUUGCUUCUUGUUCAGAAGACCAUAGGUUAACCAGGCUGAGAGCUGGUUGAAAACAAAGGUAGGAUUGGAUGGCGCUUGUGGUCUCUUCCAGCUCCAUGAUUCUACACACCAGCCUUUCCCACCUGUUUCUUUAGGAGUCCUCUAUGAUCCCACGCAGCUUUGUAGCCUAGAAUGCCAUGUCAUCACAGGGUAAAAGCAAAUCGCUGUUUCCUUCAGCUGUUGAGUGUCCUUGGUCCUCUUGCUCUCUGUUCUAUUUCCAUAUUUAUACAUCCUCUCUUUCUCUCUUUUGGGUGGCGUGGGGUCUGGAAGCAUCCUCUACACACACAUUCUGUUUAUCCUGUAAACUAAGAACGUGUAAAUAAGGUUUAGCAUUCCUAUUGUAACAAAUUAAUUUUUAUGCAAUAAAUUAUAUUUCCUAGUCUAAUAAAAACUUUAAAAUUAAAA